GCUCAUUUGUAACUAGGUUAAUCCAGAGUGCUUUUCAGCUUGACGUCACACACACACACAGCCAUCUAUGGUAGUGCUUUUCUAUUUCAUUCAACCUACAGAGCGGAGGUAACAAAAGCAUCACAGAGUGCCAAAAUGAAUGUGGAACAUGAAGUUGGUCUUCUUAUUGAUGAAAUUCGUCGACUGGGCAACACAAAUGCAGAUGGCAAGAUCAGCGUCAAAUUUGGAGUCUUGUUUAAUGAUGACCAGUGUGCCAACCUUUUCGAAGCUCUGGUUGGAACACUGAAAGCAGCCAAACGAAAGAAGAUCAUUACAUUUGACGGGGAGCUCUUACUGCAAGGAGUUCAUGAUAAUGUGGAUGUCAUAUUACUGCAGGACUGAAUCUGACUGUCUUUUCUAAAGCCAAGUAAACAGUCUUUUUCAGAUUUCACCACCACCAAGUGAGAGCAAUCUACAUUUUGAUAAGCACAUAUUUGAGAAUGUAACAUUUUUGUACAUUGCAUUGUAAUAUUUUUAUACACCGUUUUUUCUCUCAGGGGAGUGAUUUGCACAACAGUUUUGUAAUGCAGUAAUCUUCCCUGUUUAAUCACGUCCAGUUCAAUAGCCAUAUCAUUAAACCAUAUUACAACAUUGUAGUGUGCAUGAUCAUGUUAAUAACAUUCUGGGACUGGAAUACAUUGUUUUCGAUCUUAUGGAUAUGAAAAUCUGCCGCCAGUUAAUGGUGAUUGUAAAGUCUCUAUUAGAUUAUACCAUUGAUGUGUAAUUUUACCUAUAAUGAUUAUGGCUUACAUAAUUGUCGUCUUUCAAUAGUAAUCAUGGGACAGUUUGUUUGCAAUACCUUUACAAUUACUUCGUUUCCGAUUGUUAUUUGUCACAUUUGUGGAAUAUCAA